AUGUCACAAGACCCGGUUGCUACCAACCAGAGCAUUGGUGGUGAAAAACGCUUCUUGCGCUACCACGACAACAAUAAGGAUCGUGCUGAGAAUGGGAAGGCAAAUGCAGAUGAAGAAGAAAGAACGGGAAUCAACCGCUUCUCCACGAUGAAACUUGACGAGAUGUUGGAUGGGACAAAGUUUAUGAAUGGAUUCAAGAAAUGGAAGGAUUUCGGAUACAACACUUACAAUCUCCCCAAGCACGUGCAGGCCAGCAAGUACGACAAUCUUCGCAAACUGUUUUGA